AUGGUUGCCUGGUGGCCACAACAACAUGGCCACGUUGAGAAAAUUGGUAUUUCGUGCCAGGAAGAGUGGCCAGCGUGGCCCAGCCCGCCCCUAAGUACCGCUUCACACGGCUCAUUGGAACUCCUCUCUUUAUUCAUUCAUGCGACCCUGGCCUUCCCUAGACCUGUCCCCCCUUGGACACUACCUCUGGACACAUCCCCACUGGACACAUCCCCACUGGACACAACCCUUGGACACAUCCCCACUGGACACAUCCCCGCUGGACACAUCCCCACUGGACACAUCCCCACUGGACACAUCCCCACUGGACACAUCCCCACUGGACACAUCCCCACUGGACACAUCCCCACUGGACACAUCCCCACUGGACACAUCCCCACUGGACACAUCCCCGCUGGACACAUCCCCACUGGACACAUCCCCACUGGACACAUCCCCACUGGACACAUCCCCACUGGACACAUCCCCACUGGACACAUCCCCACUGCACACAACCCCACUGGACACAUCCCCACUGGACACAUCCCCACUGGACACAUCCCCACUGGACACAUCCCCACUGCACACAACCCCACUGGACACAUCCCCACUGGACACAUCCCCACUGGACACAACCCUUGGACACAACCCUUGGACACAUCCCCACUGGACACAUCCCCACUGGACACAUCCCCACUGGACACAACCCUUGGACACAUCCCCACUGGACACAACCCUUGGACACAUCCCCACUGGACACAUCCCCACUGGACUCAACCCUUGGACACAUCCCCACUGGACACAUCCCCACUGGACACAACCCUUGGACACAACCCUUGGACACAUCCCCACUGGACACAACCCUUGGACACAUCCCCACUGGACACAUCCCCACUGGACACAACCCUUAUACACAUCCCCACUGGACACAUCCCCACUGGACACAACCCUUGGACACAACCCGUGGACACAUCCCCACUGGACACAACCCUUGGACACAUCCCCACUGGACACAUCCCCACUGGACACAACCCUUGGACACAACCUCUGGACACAUCCCCACUGGACAGAACACCGGACCUAUCCACCCCAUUCAGAAGUCACCUAGCCUUAUAUACCAAAUUCAGCAGCAUAUAUUGUGAAAAACAUCCUUCCACGGAAUUUCAGAUAAACUAA